UUUGAUUCCAAGGACGAUGUCCUGACAAAUCAUUUCCUCCGAGUCUUUAUUCGUUACCACCAUGGCAUCCAGAAAUUGGCUUCAAGGGAAGACCGUCAAGAAGGGCGGUGCAGGAGGCUCCAAUACGCAUACUCGGCCGACAACGCCCCAAGUACAGAGUACUUCAACGACAAUAUUUGGCGGAGGCGUCAAGGAUCCGUCAGGAAGAACAACUGAAUACUUUUCGAUGGAUGACCAAUGUCCCGUCUGCAAGAGCGACCGAUAUUUAAAUCCUAAACUUCGUCUACUCGUCAGUUCCUGUUACCAUAAAAUGUGCGAAUCUUGUAUAGACCGUUUAUUCACGCUGGGUCCGGCGCCUUGUCCAAUUUGUAACACUGUCCUCCGAAAGCUUGCAUUUACACCGCAAACAUUUGAAGACUUGGGUGUAGAGAAGGAAGUUGCCAUUCGCAGGCGAAUUGCUAAAGAGUUCAAUAAGAGGAGAGAAGACUUUGACGACCUCAGGUCUUACAAUGACUACCUCGAGGAAGUGGAGGACAUAGCCUUCAAUCUCAUCAAUAAUAUUGACGUUCCCGAGACCGAAAAACGUAUUGCAGCGUAUAAGGCAGCCAACGCAGCUCUCAUCACCCUCAACCUUCAACGAGAAGAGGCAUACGCCCUUGCCUUGAAAGAACAAGAAGAAUUUGAGAGACAUGAGCGUGAACAGCGCGCAGCGGAACUUCUCAGAGAGGAAGAGGCAGAACGUUUGGAGAAAGAGAAAGAGAGACAAGAGAUCAUCGACAAACUAGAGACCAGCGAAAAGGAUGCCACCAAACUCAUCGCUAAAUCGCGAGCAAACGCCCUCAAACGGUCAUCAAACCGUGUGUCUUCUAUGUCGAGGUUGGGUCUUGGAGCCGACUACGCGAAACUGCUGAAAACGCGCUCAAAAACUGCCGGCACUGUGCUGGACCAGCCUCAUGUUCCUUUCCAGGACGACUGGUACUCAUUCGAAGAUAUGUACGUCUUGAAACCUGGUGGUUACGACGAUUUGUACAGUGAGACGGUGAGGAAAGAUAGAGAAGGAAUAAUGCGUGGUGGAGGUUAUCGGGUUGAGGAGGCUUGGGAGCGAGCGCUGAGGUUCGCUGUUGCUGGUUUAGACCUUUUACCUUUGGAGGGCUUGGAUCCUGACCCUGAAGGAAUUCAAGGACAACCUUCAAUUGCAGAUGGUGAUGUUGUUAUGGCAUCAUGAAGUAGUUACUAGUAAAGCAUUUAGAAAACAACCCGACAUUGUAUCAUAUACCACUGGACUCGUCAUGUAAUUUAUUCGUAAACAAUACCUCAAAGCAGAAUGUUACAAUGCUACACAAUUAAGUCCUUCG